AUGGAUGAAAAUAUCUUUACAGCAACUCCUGAACAAUUGACAUUAAUGAUAAAACUUCAACAAGAAACACAAGCUACUCAAAGAAAAAUACUAGCUGCUCAAAAAGAAACACAAGCUGCUCAAAAAGAAACACAAGCUGCCGAAAAAGAAAAACAAAAAACAGCAGAUGCAAACAGAAUAUUAGAAGAAACAACACUGAAACGAUUAAAGGUUGAACAGGAAAUGAAAGCAGAAGAAAACAAACGAAUUAAGCAAAUGAAAACUGAAGAUAAUCGAUAUUCAUCAAGAAUCGAUAGAAAAUUGUAUUUAGCAUUGUCUAAUAGUGGUUUUUACAGUGAUUGUGUACAAUCUAGUAUAAAAUUAUUCAAUAUUACAUCUUUAGUAGAUGAUAAUAAUAAUGUUAAUGAUGAUAUGAUUAAUAUUUUCCAAAACUAUUUUAAUAUUUUGAAAUCAAAUAAGAAAUUUUCAGAAUGUGAAAUUCAAGAACUAUUUAAUCAAUCAAUAACGGAAUUAUUUCGUCGUUAUAAUUCUUUGACAUCAUUGAAAUAUGUCAAUUCAUCUAAACAGAAAACUGUAGGUGAUAAAGCUCCUGAUUGUUGUUUUACAUUCAAAAAUAUUAAUAUCAAUAAGAAGAGCGAAUAUGAAGCAUAG